GGAAACCGGAUGUGUGUGUGUGUGUGUGUGUGUGUGUGUGUGUGUGUGUGUGUGUGUGUGUUGUCGGCAGCGUGACGUCAGAGCCGACAGGGGUAACAAUAGCAGGCUGUAUGUGUGUGUGCGUGUGUGAACGGAUCAAUCAGCCGAUCACAGAUCGAUCAGGAUGUCGUUCCAGACCAAGAAGAACAGCGCGAGACCCGCGGGCGACCGUCUGAUCAUCAAAGGAGGAAAGAUCGUUAAUGACGACCAGUCAUUCUAUGCUGAUGUCUACGUGGAGGACGGAACCAUCAAACAGAUUGGUGAGAAUCUGAUCGUCCCGUCUGGCGUGAAGACAGUGGACGCAUACGGUCAGCUGGUGAUCCCCGGAGGAGUUGACGCCAACACCAACCUGCUCACUCCGCAGAAAGGCCUGAAUCCGGCUGACGACUUCUACCACGGAACCCGUGCCGCUGUGUCCGGAGGAACAACCACCAUCAUGGACCACGCGCUGGUGGAGCCGGGGACGAGUUUACUGACGGCGUUCUAUCAGUGGAAGGAGACGGCAGAGCAGAGGGCGUGCUGCGACUUCUCGCUUCACCUGGACGUCACACGCUGGCACGAAGGGCUGUACGAAGAGCUGGAGACGCUCGUCAAAGAUCAAGGUGUGAACUCCUUCCUGUUCUUCAUGACCUACAAAGACAAAUACCAGAGCUCAGACUCUCAGCUCUACGAGGCGUUUGGGGUCCUUCGGGAUCUCGGAGCUAUCGCACAGGUCCACGCUGAGAAUGGUGACAUCAUCAAUGAGGAGCAGAAGAAGCUUCUUUCUGUCGGCAUCACUGGACCUGAAGGACACGUUUUAUCUCACCCUGAGGAGGUGGAGACGGAGGCAGUGUAUCGGGCCAUCACCAUCGCCAAACAGGCCAACUGUCCACUGUAUGUUACCAAGGUGAUGAGCAAAUCUGCUGCUGAUGUCAUCGCCAAAGCCAGGAAGAAAGGUAUGGUGGUGUACGGGGAGCCAAUCACAGCCAGUCUGGCCACAGACGGCUCUCACUAUUGGUCCAAAGACUGGGCUACAGCUGCUGCCUUUGUCAUGAGCCCGCCUCUCAACCCUGAUCCUUCAACUCCACAGUACCUGACCUCCCUGUUAGCAUGUGGAGACCUCCAGGUGACGUCCAGCGCUCAGGCCAGUUUCUCCACGGCUCAGAAGGCUGUUGGUAAAGACGACUUUACUCUGAUCCCAGAGGGAACCAACGGGAUUGAGGAGAGGAUGUCUGUGGUGUGGGACAGAGCUGUGUCGACGGGGAAGAUGGACGAGAACGAGUUUGUUGCAGUAACGAGCACCAACGCUGCCAAACUCUUCAACAUCUACCCUCGCAAAGGGAGGAUUGCUGUGGGGUCGGAUGCUGAUAUCGUCGUCUGGAAUCCAAAAGAGACGCGAACUGUUUCUGCAAAGACUCACAACCUGACGGUGGAGGUCAACAUCCUGGAGGGGUUGGAGUUUCGAGGCGUGGCGUCGGUUGUGAUCAGCGGCGGACGAAUUGUUCUGGAGGAUGGAAAACUGGACGUGACAGAAGGUUCAGGACGCUUCAUCCCUAGGAAGGCUUUUCCCGACGCCGUCUACAAGAGGAUCAGAGCCCGCAGCAAGAUGGCUGAGGCUCGCGGCGUCCCCCGUGGAAACUACGAUGGUCCGGUCCAUGAUGUCAUAAGCAUGACUAAAUCGGUCCCGCCCACUCCGACCACCAGGGGGCCACCCUGUCCCAAAACUCAGACCAGCCUCCGAAACCUCCAUCAAUCAGGAUUCACCCUGGCAGGAAGUCAGAUUGACGACCACAUCCCUCGUCGCUCUGCUCAGAGGAUUGUGGCGCCGCCUGGUGGACGAUCCAACAUCACCUCUUUAUCUUAAAACUGUCACUUUUAGUUUUUGUCACUUUAAAUAGAAACAGCCGAACCAACCAGUCCUACACCCUAAAACAGUAAUGCUUCAAUAACUACUGCUCCACCCUACAACCACCCGCUGCGAGUAGUAAUCACCACAUUGCUUCCACUUGUACAGCUCCUACUGAAUACUAUGAAAACACUUAGAGUACUAAAUCCUGCAGUCAUGGUACUUCAACUAGUGCUGAACCCUACAACUCAACUAUCAGUUAUAAGACCUACAGUGAGUACUGAUACUUGUACUUUUACUUGUAUAAAACAACAACCAUCCAACUAGUACUACGUCAUAAAACAGUCGUACUUCAGGGACUACUAAAUCUUGCUAUCAUGCUAGUACAUUUCUAAAACAAGUACUACACUCUUACAAGUAAGUUCUAAACCCCACAAAAUGUUUUACUUCAAGUAGUGCUGAAUGUUACAAAAAGUACUUUAUCCUACAAUUACCACUUAAUCCUUUUAGAGGCGUACUUCAACAAGUGUUAAACCCUAAAACUAAAUCCCAGAAUCAAGCUGAACAAACCCUGAAACAGUAGAACAACCAGUAGAACAAACAGUAGAAUAAACAGUAGAACAAACAGUAGAACUACAGUCCUACAGAUCCUACUGAAUCCUAUGAGAACCCCACAUCUCGUAGUAAACCCAGUCACAACAGUACUUCAGACUGAACGCUGCACCUACUGUACUUUAACUGAAGUAGUACUGAAUGUCUCAACAGUCGUACUACAACCCAACACCUGGUCCUAAAUCCUACAGCAGUGGUACUUUAACCAGUACAGAAUGUUACUGAUGUGGUUUAAAGAAUCAGCCAUUUGAAGUACUUCUGCAUGUGUACUUACUUUAACCCUUUCACACAUGUACUCAACAUCAUUUCCUCUCAUCAUUAUCAUCACCCCAUCAUCACGUCUCUGAUCCAUGCACCAGUAGUAGCAGUAGCAGUAGUACUCGUGAUAAUAGUGGUAGUAGUAUGACCCUGGGAAAUACUUCUGUUUCCUUUAGUGGUCUUUUAUUAACAGUACAGAAGUUUUCACCUCACUUCACCAUCAGACAUCUGAACACAACCAGUUCACUCCACUAACUGGGUUUACUGGUUUUACUGGUCUCAUCAUUCACUGUAAAUUAACCUCAUUUCAUCCUCUGUCCUCAGAGGACAGUCCUCAGAGGACAGAGUUGACUCCAGGAGCCGUAUUCACAAACAUUCUGAGACAGCUUUUGAGAGCUAUUAACUUAGCCUAAAGUUUUUUAGUAAGGAGUGAUUUAGGAAAGUUCUCAGAGCGAGGAAGGGACAGAAACUUUUAUCUUAGCGAGGAGGUGUGGUUGACCCUGUUAAUAGGUAUGACACAUACUUUCAACAGAUGUGAUUGGUUUUCAGAGGCACACCCUUUUGUGAGCCUGUAAGGUGAGAGGACACCCAGUGGACAUGACAUGAACUGCGUCACCAUAUAAGUCAAAGUAUGGAAUUGUUAGUGUGAUCACUGUAGUGAAGGCUGAGACAGACCCAAGUCAUCACUGCUGCACUGUUGUGUUUUUACAGGUAUGUCAAAUAACUUAGUGAUCAUUUUAUUUCUGGUGUUAAAGUGUGAGGUGGGAAUGUGUGUGUAUCCCUGAUGAGAUCAGCCACAAAUCAAAUCAAUCUAAUCUGUAGCAUUUCUUUUACUCACUGUCAUUCAGCGUUUGGAGAAUAUUUCUCUGACCUUUUUGUGUUUCCACCAUUUCUGCUGUCUGUAAGAAACUCUUAAACCUCUUAAAAGUCCUCCUCCCUACUCCUAACAGUUUUCACCGUAGGAGCUCUUCCAAGGUCUGAGAUGCUCUGUGAAUACCUUUAAUCUUUACCAGGACUCUUAGCACGAGGACGCUUUGUGAGUACGGCCCCAGGUCUGUUCUGUAGUUUCAUUCCUCAAUCUCGUAUUUCUGACCCACUUUAAACAUGAGACUGUUGUGAUGAUAGAAGUCUGUGUUGUUCUGUAGUGACGUCCGUGUGUGGUGGAGUAACGUGAUGUUGGACUGCAGGGUCGGACCCGUCAGGACCAAGGUUUGAUUCACUCAUAAACUUUAAUCGUUGAUACAGUCAGAAACAGAAUUUCAGACGAACACUGUUCGACUUCCUGUCAGGUUCAGAUCAUGAACUGAAUCUAAAUGGUGCUAAUAAAUCCAGUACCAGCCUGCAAGUAGCCCCC